CAGUCCCAGCUGACGGUGUACACCAGCCACAAGCAGCGUCCGGCCGCUCACAUUCGUUCGCGGCGGCAGCAAUCAGUGGGCGACUAAAUCGUGUACAUGUGCGGGAGACAAGGUGCGGACAUGGCUGAUUAUGGGAUCAUUCAACGAGAAUAAUUUUCUGGUCAAGGUACUAGAGAUUUGGUAUGCUAGCCUGGUAUUCAUUUAGGCUAAAGGUUGCGAUCUUCAGGAGAAUGAUGGAAACUCAAUUUAUGUAGCCUUCAUAUAUGAAGACAUAUGCCAUAUACUGUAUUACUGAUAUGGCAGUCCAUUGCGAGCAUGGCCGCGUCCAGGGUCGGCGCGCCGUCGCCUUGAUCUCCUAGCUCCGGCCUCCUCUGCCUCUGCUCCGACCGGAUCCGGAGCCUCCUUGGUCUCCUCUGUCCACCCCUCCCGAGGCCGGGCAAAGUUGUCGCCGGGGUCGCGGCAGUCGUGCCUGUCGCAUGGGCGUCGAGCUGUUCCGGCUCAACUCCGUGGCCGAGGCCUCUCCGGCUCCUCCUGCUCCUCCGGCCGCCGCCGUCCAGCUUGCCGCGGCCGCGCUCGCCCACCGCAGGUCUGACCCGUCCAAUCGAGGCCGGAUGGCUAGGGCUCGCGCCCGCCCACCCCCUGGGCCGGCGACAGCGACCCAGCGCCCGAGAUCUCGUGAUGCGCCGGCGACGGCCGUGCUGGCCCCAGCUCCCAGCUCCAGCUGCGAUGAAGCUGCAGAGUCAACGCUUCUUCCCGCAGCAGCGUCAUCAGCUCCUGCAGAGCAAGCUUUGCAGCCGCGUUGUUGUCCCUCAGCUGCUUCGUCGGUGGAGUUUGUCCUCGUCUCGCCCAUGCCCGAGUUGGCGGCGCUUCAGCCUACGACCAAGCUGGCCUCAAGUUCGACAGCGCUAACCGCCCCCGUUGCUGCUUCGCUUGAAGACAACACCAGACUGACGAGGAAAAUUUGCUCCGCCCCGGAGCCGCUCCUCGCUGGCAUGGCCUCGCCUCUUCCUCGCCUCCGCCAUAGGUCCGUGAUGGCGGCCGCUCCUCCAACUGGUCCUCGCCCUCCCAGCGGGCUGCUAUGCGACCCUGCCGUGUUGGUCGAGGGGCUUGGGUCCUUAUCGCUGUCGCCGGUUGCCUCGGGUGACCCUGCCAGUGAUGCGCUGCUGGCCCCAAGCUUGCUUUGCGCUGCUUCUUUGGGCUCCGACGUGGCUGACGAUGAUGAAGAGUUGGCUCAGCGGUCGCCGUUGGUUUCCACCAAAAGCAUUGUUUCUAGCUCGGUUUGUGUCAUCGCUGAUGUGCUCCAUGAUGAGGAGGCGCUAGCAGUGCCCUGCGAACGCCUCUCUGAUGUUGUUGUUGAUGCUCUUGGUGAGGAGGAGGAUGGGGUACAGGUUGGUCGGGGUGGCCGCCCCGGCCGUGAGCCAUCGUCUUUGCAUCGGAAGGAAGGUCUCGAGCGUAGUCUCGCCUUCAAGCGUUGGGCUCGUGGGAGAUGCUUUCGGUGUCACGAGCGUGACCACCAGGUUAGCGCAUGCCGUGCGCCCUUCAUGUGCAUCCGUUGUCGUCAACCUGGUCAUCGGGAGCGAUUCUGCCGUGCGCGCUUUCCAGCCGCUCGUUCUUGCUCUCCGGACACUCGUACUCGUUCUCCGGACGCACAUGCUCCUUGCCAGAGGAGCCACUCUCCGUCCGCUCAGCCUCGUCGUACCUCAGAGUCUCAGAGUUGGGCUGAGGUCGUGUGCAGCUCGUCCUCGCCUGCAACAUCACCGCCAGUGCCCCCUCCAAGGUGUUGUGAGGAGUUCAAUGUCAACGCCAAUUUGGACUCGCGCUUUCAGUGCCAGUUUGCUUUGCUGCGCAUGGAGCUCGCUCAGUUGGUUGCUGAUCGUGUCGAGGAGGCGUCUCGCCCCCUUCGUGAAGAGGUGACAAGUCUCAAGUUGUUGUUGGCACGCGUUGGUAAUUGUUUGGAGCCGACUGAGGCAUGUUCUUCUGGUGGGCAGGAGCUUGCCACCAUGCAGGAUUCGGUACCGCUGGACUCCGCUAUGCAGAAGUCAUUUGUGGUUGAUGAAGAACAUCUCUACAGUAGUUUCUCUCCGUGUGGCAGCCCCUGUCAGUCACCACAGCUUGUUGUGCCGGCUCCCUCUAUGAGCAAGGGCAUUGAUGGGAUCUUGGAUCCGAUGUUGCAGAUCACGCCAGAGCUACAUGAGUUGUGUGAGGAUUCUUCUGUGGUGCUUCCGUUGGUGUUGGGCUCUUUGAAGGCCUUGGCGGUGGCUAUGACGCCCUCGCCACCGCAGUCGGAGCCUUGCCAGUCCCUCGCCUCUUUGGACUGUGGAGGAGUGUUGGCUGCUAGCUCUGAUGCUCUUUUUGCUAAAGAGCUUUGCGGUUUACUCGCUAGUUUAGAAGCGGCCAGCCCUGGAUAUGGCAAGGAUAUUGACUGCAUCUUGGCGGGGAAGGCUUCGGAGAACAUGAUCAGGAAGGUGGAGAAGUCUCUCAAGAAAGUAUCUAUUAGGGGCAAAAGAAGGAAAAGAGCCAUAGCAAGAAAAGCUUCGGCAGCUGAUUGAUCGUUGGACUCUUUUUGAGUUGUUAUGUUCUUUUAGUGGGUCUUCCUUGUGUUGUUCUAGUGUUGGCUAUGUUGUUCUUGUGUUGGCUAGAGUGGGUACAACUCUGUUAGGUUUGGUUGUGGGUGUAUUGUUUGUGUGGGUUUGAUCCUAUCGCUAUAGGUUUUCGUCCGGUUUUCUCCUAAAAACUGGACACCCUCUUCUUAAUUAAUAGAUGAGGCAAAGCUUUUGCCUCCGUUUCAAAAAAAAAAUAUAUGAAGACAUAUUUCACAAUUUAGCAGUAUUUAUUUUCAGUUAGUGUUGUAAGCGGAUUUUUACAAACUACAGGGUGUGUCUGAAAUGUAAGAGAAACUCAUCAUUGAUGCUUUUAAACAAUAUAUAUGCA